AUGAGGAAGGCCGGUGGUUUCAAGCUAGUACUCAACUCUGGCCUGCUGUUUCAUCUGACCGAGUGCGAAAAGCAAAUACCAUAUUCCGGCACAACAUACGUUCAGCCAGGCGAUAGAUGCCAAAACACCUCAAUGGAGGGAGCUAGUAUACUCAGGGCGUUAGAAUUCAUCAUCGGAAAUUCAAUGGCAGAAAUCGAACAGAACAGCUCAAAAACGACAAGAAGUUGCAUAACGUCUAAAGAGUCAUCCGGAAGAGUAAACAGAAGCCGGCAACAGCGCCGGCAAACUGAACCGACAAAUGCAGCUGUGAAAACGUCCAGAUGGAAGGAAAAGAAGGUUAAGUGGCGUUACGGAUACGACCUGAAAAAACUGGUCAACGAUUUACCAAGGGUAACCGAGUGCUCCUUCACCAGACUCCAGUCUCGCCAAAUAGAAAACAAAAAUCCGUGUAACAAGUUGUCAAGUGGAAUUGCCUUUGACUAA